AUGAACGGUCCUGGAAGAAUAAAUUCCGAUUGCAAACCGAGACGAAUCUGUCUCAAGCGACCGGACGCAAAUAACGCUGUAACGAGAACCGGGCGGAUCAAAAGCCAAGCUCAUCCCACGUAUUUCACCCAAAGCCCGUCCCUUUUCGCCCGGUUUGAGAAUAUCGGAGCAGGAAUUAAUCGUUGGAUUGUAGAUGCGGUGCCCAUGUUUGGACCGGAGCAAGAGCAGGCCGCAAGUGCACCUUCUGUCAGUGAUCGGCCUACUAUAAUAUUUGGUGCUGAUCUCACACAUCCUCAUCCUGGAGAGGAUUCUAGCCCAUCGAUUGCUGCU